AUGACUAAAGGUUUGGCUAGGAAGUUGUCGAGGACAAAGGCUCACAGGACCGCAUUGUUGAAGAAUUUGGUGUCGGACUUGUUCCAACAUGGCUCUAUAGUCUCGACUCACGAAAAAUGCAUGGAAGCACGCACCUUGGCAGAACGUGUGGUCUCCAUGUGCAACAAGGACAUAGCUCUAAUGAAGAACGACCAAGCAACGUUGGACACCGUCUACAGAAGAAAUAUCCAAUCGAGGUUGUUUUUGUCGGGUGAUAAUUCGAAAUUGCUGAAGAAAGUGUAUUCUAUCUGCAAUAAUAACGUCGAAUUGCAAGAAAAGGCAAGAAAGUCGGGUUUCACAAGAGUCCUGCACCUGGAGCCACGGUUGAACGACGGUGCCAGGCAAUCGAUCUUGGAAUUGGUCGACUAUCCAGUCAUCGACACAUUGGACACCGAUACAGAUGCUGUGAAGCUGCACAGAGGUAAUAUUAAACUGUGGUUACUGGUCAAGACUGUCCUGUACAAUGAGGCGCACUCUUUGCCGCAUGAUCAGUUGACUUUGAAGAAUCUGCAUACGAUUGCCGCAUAUAAGACCAAAGAAGCGUUCGCAAAAGAGAUUGGUGCCAUUAGAUCCGUGCUUCUGCAGGAAAUAUACAAUGAUAAACCGAUUGUUCCAGAACAAGAAACAAAGACUCUUGAUGCUUUGAUCACACAGAUUUACAACUAUACGAAGCCAGAAGCACUGCAAAGACGAGGGUUCCAGGUCAUGCAGGAGAGGCCACCACGCAGUAUAUAG